AUGGCCCCCCUCCUCCCCACCAGCCCCUCCUUCGUCUCCCUCUCCUCCACCCAUCCCUCAACAGUGGACUCCGACAGCACACUGCUCACCCCCAAGGUCCGCUUCGAGCACGAAUGCGUGGUCAUUCCAGAUUCCGCCCCCGUCUCAAGGCUCCCCCGUCUCGUCACAAAAUCUUACAGCCUUCCUCUCUGGAAGCGCAAACGAGAGCCUUCUAUAGUCUCAGAGUCUGAAGACGAGCCCUCCGAAGACCACGUCCUCUUCAAGGUCUCCGUUCCUAGCAUCACCAUCAAAGCUCGCUCCCCUUCCCGCGAUGCUGCCCAUGUUCCCCUCGUAUCCUGUCUCGUCCACCCGCAACCCACGUCCCAUACCUCUACUCCCGAACGCAGGGGCCGCCCCAGGCGUGCUUCCUUGCCCCAGCCUAUGGCCACAGACACCGUCACCGUCCCUUUGCGCUCUUGUUGCGCCCAAUGCUACUCCUCGAUAGACCAAUGCAUCAGCGCUGGCGAGCAUUGGAAAAUUCACUUCUCUCGCGGCGCUCUCCGCCGCCGCAAGUCCGUCUCCGAUGCCCACACGCCCUCCCGCGCCCGCCACUGUGUCCGUGAUGCCAUGCCUGGCUUCGACGCAAUCGUCGCCGUAGACGAGGUCGACCGCCGUCGCAUGUCCACCGAAAUCGACCCCCUCACCGCGUUUACUAUCGCCGUCCCGACCACAUCUGUCGAUACCAGCACCGGCCCGGAGGAUAUUCCCUUGCGGCGAGCUCUUUCACUGCCUGACGCAGUAUAUCCCACUCGCACCAAUUUGCUUCUCGACCGCCAUCCCCGCACAAUCUCGCCACCCAUCCCUGAGGAGGACGAGCACCGGCCAUCCCCUCGGCGCACUCCAGUCGUGAGCCCUCGAGCCUCAAUCACCAACCUGACCACUGUCCGUGUGAUGCACGUAGCAGACACCUCCGACCUUCCGGACCUGCAUGCCUCACCUCCGCCCAUGAAGAAGACGCUGUCGGAAGAUUCUACCCUCAGCGCCGACGAAAACUUGCCGUCAUCGCCCAUGUCCGGCCUCACCGACGACGACCGAGAGACGAUCUCUGCCUUUUUCUCCAGCUCGGCCCUUGCCCUGCAUCAGCGCGGAUGCUCAGAUCCCCCGGUGUCCUCGCCUUCAUCUUCACCGCGCAUCGACCACGCCCGCGCUCCUGCUGGCCUCGACCCGGCCCUGUCGCGCAAGAAGCCGCUCAUGGGGAGCAUCUUCCGCGCUUCGACGUCGGUGCUCAAGGGCAUCACCAGCAUCGGGGGCGUGCCGAUGAGCGUGUGACACGCUCUGCGUUCUCCCGAAGCCCACUACACUUUGCGCGCUCUUGUCGUUCUUUCUCGCAUGCAUGUCCUGGACGCCGACUCAAUGUAACAUACUGCACCACGUCGUAGUCGCUGUCCUUCGCUGCCGUUUAUACCACCGGGAUUGACCGUUCCCGAUCUUGGACCUUCCAUCGCUUCCGCUCCGACCAUGUAUUUGUACCGUCUGUUCUUCCCUUAUACCACC